UCGCCAUUGACUCACUUCCGGUGGCAGCACUUCCGGCUGUGUGGCAGCUCGCUUCACAAAAUUGUUAAUGAGCUUGCUACAAAAGUCUGUAGUCGUCAUACUUUCAUUGUGACUUGUUUAAGAGCAUAAUUCUUCCGUUCAUUUGGAAACGUUUGUCCAAAGAAACUCUGCUCGGUUGUUGGACUAAUGUACGAGCUUGAUUAUGAAAACUGCUGCUGAAGAAGUUUGUAGCCCUUUGCGUUUAUUUUCUGAAUCUUCAGCCUAAGCCAGAAUGCAGCAUAAUGCCAUCGCGCUGAUCACGUACUGUCAGUGGAGCAGAAUCUGGAGUGUAUAAACUAACCGGGAUUAAGAUAUUUGUUUUUUUCCUCGUCAUAUUAAUUGUCGUUAGCUGGCGAGCUAUAUCUUAUCUACCAGCAAGAUUGCUGGUACUGUAUAGAUGGUGCGACAGCGAAUAAACGGGUGAGCUCUGUUCAUGGAGCGGUAAUUAACAUGUGUGGUCUUAAUCAACUUUGACAAUACAAACGAAAAUGGAUUUUGUGUGUAGUUUCUCACUAGAUAUAACACACUUGGAGUUUUUGCUUUUAGACAGCCUAUACCACCUCAGGAUAAUCUCUUGGCAUUAUUAGAUACAGAUCAAGAGUAACAAAUACUCAGAAUCUCUUUUCCGUUGAUACAGUACUUUACUUGCAAACAUGCCUGCAGAAAGUAGCCUUAUUGUGUCUGAAUAUGACAUCAUCAAACUUGUUUCUGAAUUUUUGCAAAACCGCGAUCUUAACAUCUCUAUGUUGUCAUUGGAACGUGAAACUGGAGUCAUCAAUGGCAAAUUUUCUGAUGACCUUUUGUUUCUGCGGCAACUUAUUUUGGACGGUCAAUGGGAUGAUGCCAUAGAGUUUAUUCAGCCAUUGCUGACAGUGGAAGGUUUUUCCGGGAGGCAGUUUCAAUAUGUCAUCACUAAGCACAAGUAUUUGGAACUGCUUUGUAUAAAGUCUGAGCCAAACAUCAUGCAGAAUUAUGAAGUCACUGUUGAUGAGGUUGUUAAGUGUCUAAACAACCUGGAAGGCUUGUGCACCACAAAGGAAGACUACAGUAACUUGUGCUUUUUGCUGUCAUUACCCAAACUAUCGGAUCAUAUUGACUAUCAGCACUGGAACCCUAGUAAUGCACGAGUGCAGUGUUUCAAAGAUAUCCUGCCACUUGUGGAGAAGUAUCUGCCAAUGGAGAAGGGUGAUGAUCCAAAACAUGAAGUGUCACGCAAUGAUCGCCUUAUUCAGUUGAUCCUGAAGGGAGUUCUGUAUGAGUCAUGUGUGGAGUAUUGUCAGCAAGCAGCCACUGGUGUAGACAGUGCCAGCAUAGCCUACGUUUCCCUCUUGCAGGAUACAGGCUUCAGCGAAGCUGACCUCAGCCUGCUGGCAUGGCUGCAGAGUAUCCCAUAUGAUACCUUUAACUGCCCAUUCGAACAGAAGUCUAUAAAUGUUGAUGUGCGGCCUCUGGUCAAGCCAUCCCUGGAGGCUUCCUGGUCUGAACAGAUUCUAGUCACACCCAUCAAACCAAAGAUGUUUCCACAUUCAGCCAUUCCGGCUCCCCGCCCACGUUCCGCUGAGAUAAUGACUCGUUCACUGAAUCCACAAUUUGAUGGAUUGUCAAUAGGACUUCGACGAGAUCCAAUGCUUACAUCGGGUGACUUUGGAAUCCUUUCACGGUCAGUGAUGCCAGGCAUGCCAACCACACUGUCUGCACAACAGCACUUGCGCAACCCCAUGCUCAUGUCCAUGGAAAAGCUGUUUUCUCAUGGGGAGACUGUGGACACUCGAAGUAGUAUUGCUGACGACCCUUGUGUGGCUAUGCGAACUUCCAUUCUUCACCAACAACCUGCUCAGCAAACCUUUCCUCCCCCAGUUGUGUCGUCACGACAACCAGAACAGAGAGCAGGAUCUGUGGCUGUUUCCACAUCUACACCUCCAAGAACUUAUUCUCCUCAACAGAGUGUAAUCACCGACAGAGGGUCAUCUCCAUGUCCAUCAGCAACACCACAGGUUCCAAGUCAGACAGCUGGGAGUAUCCGAGAUUCAUGCAGUGAGCUGUACAAGGAAUACCAGAGACAGCGGCAACGCCUUCAAGAGCAAUUACAACUGCAGGAAAAGCAGAGAGAACUUUAUCAGCAGGAACUUCAAGAGCUGGAGAAACGUCAGCAGCAGAUCUCACUGGAUAAUCGUUUCCAAGACAACCCUGUUACAAAUUCAGGCGGACUUCCCAGCAUGCCUAUAACACCAUCAAACAUGGAGACACCAGUACUGUAUGAUGGUGUAUCCCUUACCAACACCAGUUUGCCUUUAACACCAUUAAUCAUAGAGACACCAGUACUAUAUGAUGAUGUUCCCCUCACAAAAACCAGCAUCACAGCCACGGAUACUGCUGAUGCAACUUCCUCCCAAUUUGUAAAAAACAAUCUUGAUAAACAGCAAAGUUCAAAUUUAAUGAACCAGCCAGAGAUGGCCUCUUGUUUUCAAGAUUUCCUUGCCACAACCUCUGUUCCAUGUUCCAUCAUUAGCGGGCAUGCAGCUGGCCCUAUGCAUGUUGUGGCAGGAAAUGUUGUGGCCCCCAGCAACAGCAGUGCAGCUGGUGAUGAUGGUAAUGCUGGUGUUGGUAUUGGUGAUGGUGGUGACCAUGGUUGUUCUGCUGAAAAUCUACAAGGUGAUGCCAAAACAAGACCUGAUGACACGCCAGCACCUGCAGAGAGUCUGCGCAAGCCAGGUAACAUGUUCUUAGACUUGACCAGUCCUCCAACUAGGUGUCGCAUCCCUUCCCUUCGCAGCCCAAACAAGACCUGCAAUAGUUCUGCUUCAACUCCAGACAACACUUCACACUCUCCUGUCCCAACUUCUCAUCGUGCCACCCCGCUGUCUCAUCUGGCUACCCCUACCACUCCACGUCGUAGAGUUCCCCGCUCAGUUACACCUACCCACACCAAGACAAAGCCUGCGCCAGAAGUGCGUGCCAGCACGCUUCCACGCAAAGGAUUCAACAGAGACCAGGGGUCUACCAAAGGUGCGGUGGCUGCCAGUGCUGGGGGUAAACCUGUUUACUCUCGCAGUGCUAGUCUGACUGAGGACAGCAGGUCCAAAACACUGCCUUUGCCAGCAAGGAACAAAUCCAAGAUUUCACCUAUAGACAAUGGUCAGAGUACUUCACAGAACAAACUCAGACGAUCCUCAUCUGUGAAAGAAAUCAAACAAAGUGGAGGUCUAGCAGACCGAGACAAGGGAUUAAAUGUCGGAGGAGUGCAGACAGUGACUCCCUCUAGUAGUGUCAGCACUGCCAGUCUCAAAGGACAAGGAGCUGGGGGUGGAGGCAGUGGAGGUAAACCACGCUUUGUAGCUGUGACUUCACUGGAGGAUGUGCAGGCCAUACGCACUGUAGCUUUUCACCCCUCUGGCAAUUUUUAUGCUGUUGGAAGCAACUCUAAAACUCUUCGCAUAUGUGCCUUUCCUCAUGUGGAAAAUUUGAGAGAGGACCAUGUGACCCAUGAGGCAAGUGUUGUAUACAAACACAUGAAGCACCACAAGGGCUCCAUUUACUGCUGUGCCUGGAACUGCUCAGGUGACAUUAUCGCCACUGGCUCCAACGACAAGACUAUUCGCUUGAUGCGUUUCAACACUGACUCCCUGUCAGCUGACGGUCCAGGUAUGGAGUUAUCUUUCCAUGAUGGCACUGUACGGGACGUUGUGUUCAUGCAAGAUAUGAGCAAUCGCACAUCACUUCUGAUCAGUGGUGGAGCUGGAGACUGUAAGAUCUAUGCUUCUGACUGUGAGACGGGCACUCCCAUCCGUGCCUUGACUGGACAUGCAGGUCAUGUGUAUUCUCUGCACACCUGGGGUGGGUGUAUGUUCGUUAGUGGCUCCCAGGAUAGAACAGCACGGUUCUGGGAUUUGCGUGCCUCCACUGCUAUUACUGUUGUUCCUAGUCCAUCUGGCAGCCCCUUUGCAUCAGUAUGUGUGGACCCUUCAGGUCGUCUGCUGUCUUCUGGACAUGAAGAUGGCAUGGUGUUGUUGUACGACAUUCGUGGAGCAAAAGUUGUGCAAAGUUUCAUCCCCCACUCUGGUGAAUGUCGAUCAGCUCGCUUCUCCAUGAACGCCUUUUAUCUGCUUACCGUGGCGUAUGAUCACAAGAUUGUGCUGACAGACCUGCAUGGCGAUCUUCUACGACCUCUUCCCAGCGUGGUAGUUGCCGAACAUAAAGACAAGGUUAUUCAAGGUCGUUGGCACCCUAACCAUUUAGCUUUUGUCACAACCAGCGCAGACCGUAGUGCCAUCUGCUGGGCACUGCCUGCUGUUCCUGAUAAGUAACAGUUUGGUUGUGAUUAUGAGACAGGCAGAGGAGUCAGAAUCUGUUUAUGAUUGUACAGCUUGCACUUGACUAACAAAAUAUGCGAGUGGCAGCAACACUUGUGCAGUGCUUUGUGAUGGUAGCACACCAUCUGCAGCCAGAGCAGGCUUGCACCCAUUAUUCUAAAACCUGAUGAUGUCACCAGAAGCUUUUGACAUGGACCUCUUACAUCUCUCUCUUUGUGUGGCUGGGGUGUGGGUUAUAUUGUAUUAUGUGGGGUGGGGUAUAAAGUGUGCGUGGUGUUGGGGGGUGAGGAUGGGAUUUUGAAAAAUUCACGAAAAUGCUUGCCUCCAAGUAGUUUUGUUCUCCCAUUAUGCAUACUGUACAUAUUGCUUGAAGCAUAUAAUUUGUGAUCACCUUUGUGGCAAUAUUUAUAUAGUUUAUGAAACUAAAUUAAAAAGCAUUAUGUAUAAA